GUCUAGAUUGCCCGGCGCGCGAGCCGAGUUCCGGCAAGGUCCAGCUGCGUCUAUCGGUGGUCAUUGCUGCCGUCCUGCACCUCGCGUCCGGCGGACUUGCGUGCGUCCACAGGACCCCCGUGCUGCCCAACAAGCUGCCCCACACGAGUGACAAAUGGGCGGUAGCGCGUACACGGGCAGCCGCCCCGGCUACGUGUAUACCACGCGGCAUGGCGUCACGGACUACUACCCCGACGCGGCGCGCCCUUCGCUGCUCACGAGGCUGGCGUCCUGGCGCGGAACCGGUCCCGAGGCGGUCGUGGCUGAACCGGUCGGCGAGGAGGACGAAGUGGCUGCGCUCAGGCAACGCAUCGCGAAGAUGCAGGCGCAGCUCGCGGAGGAGGAGGCAGCGGAGGCGCGCGAGAAAGAAGCGUCCGAGCGCCGCGCGGCCGAGGAGCUCGCCGCCGCGACUCGCGCGCGCGAGGAUGCGCGGCGCGCCCAGGAGCUCCAGAAGGCCGCCCAGCGCCGCGCGCGCGAGGCCGAGGCGGCCCGGGAGGCCCGGGCCGCCGAGGCGAAGACGAAGACCGUCCUCUUGGUCGGCCUCGCCGGCGCCGGCAAGACGACGGCCCUCCACCAGCUCAAGCUGGGCGAGGUGGUCACGCAUCACGUUCUCGAGGUGGUCGAGCUCACGGGCUGGAACUUCACGGCGUGCGACCUCGGCCAUCCCUUUAACGAUCUCCUCCGGCACAACAACGUCGGAGACGUGCGGGGCCUCGUCUUCGUCGUCGAUUCCACCGACGCGGACCGGCUGCAGCAGGCGCGGGACGAGCUGCACCGCCUUUGCAAGGACAAGCGGCUGCGGGAGGCCGUCCUCUUGGUCUUCGCGAACAAGCAGGACGUGCCGACGGCGCUGUACCCCCGGGAGCUGGAGGAGAAGCUGGGCCUGAACGGUCGCAAAUUCUUCGGCCGCCCGUGGCACGUCCAGGCGUGCUGCGCGACGAACGGCGACGGCUUGUGCGAGGGUCUCGAAUGGUUGCAGCGCGAGGAGGCCGCCCGGCGCCGCGCGGCCGAAGAGAAGGCCCGGCUCGAGGCGGAGCAGCGCGCGCUCGAGGAGGAGCACGCGCGGGAGCGGCGCGAGCUCGCGGAGAAGCAGCGCGCGCUCGCUGCGGAACACGCGGCGGAGAAAAAAGCGCUCGCGGCCAAGAAGGCCGAGGCCGAGGCGCGGGCCCGCGAGGUCGAGGCCGAGGCGCGGCGGGCGCGCGAGGCCGCCGAGGCGAAGGCGCGCGAGGAGGCCGACGGGACCUACGCGGCGGGACCCUUCCUGGACGGGACCUACGUCAAGGGCUGUGCGGGAAUCAACCAGUGAGUUAGGUCAUCACGCCGUCGAGCCGACGACGCCAUCGAGCCGAAAUUUGAUUUCCACACAGGUCAAGGGCGACCUCCGGCAGCUGCGCGAGGCCGAGGGGGCGCUCCUUCUCCGCGUCGAGGCCGCGCUCGAGGGGACCGCCCGAUUCGGAGGCCGGGACGGGGCGCUGCUCGCGGAGCUCCAGGCGCUGCGCGUCGGCGAAGAGUUCGCGCUGGAGCGCGCGGACGUCGCGCGCAAGAUUCGCGAGCGCCUCGUCGAGCGCGGCCCGGCGGAUCUGAGGGUGGAACUCGGCGCGCUGCGGGCGUGGCGGCGCGCCCUCGUCGGCGAACCCGACGUGGAGGAGAGCCCCGCGGCGCCGACGGAAGCACCCCCGAGCGACGGCAUCUCGGAGGCCGCCGGGAAGCGCCUGAUGCUCGCGAUUUACAUGGGGACCAUCGCCGGCGUCCUCCAGAUCCUCGCGCUCUGCACGCGAGGCCACUGGUCCAAGACCGACUACGACCUCGGUGAGUCCACUGCUGGCGCCCUUUUCGGCUCUUGGGUGCCCGCGGUCAUGACCUGUGUGGAAAUCAACCAGUGUGUCGGGUGACGUGGCCGCGCUAGUUCCGUCGAGCGGUGCGGAACCGGCAUCGCCACGCCAUCGAGCAGUUGUCGCGUCGAUGGCGUGGAGGUCGACGCGAAGAUUUGGCACGGACGCGCCGUGAAUUUUGAUUUCCACACAGGUCAUGACGGUGAGCCUCGACCUCUGGCGGGGCUACAUCGAAUUCGACGUGGACUGCGGCACCCUCGACAAGCCUUGCAGGGAUGCGAGCGACGCGGCCUCGACCACGUACGAGAUCAAGGCGCACUGCGGCGAUGAUGCCGCUCAGGCCGCGUCGUGCCAGCGCAUCUACGACGCCUCCGUGCAGGCGCGCGCGAUGGCGUUCUUCGCGGGCCUCGUGGCGUUCGCGGCGGCCUACGAGCUCGACUACAUCGUUUCGAAGCGGCGCCUCGGCGGGAUCGUCGGGUCCUGCACGGCCUCGUGGCGCCGGCAGACGGCGCUCGUGGGAUGCGCCCUCUUCGUCUCGGGCGCGGCCGCGGUCUCCGGGGCCGGCGCGUACGGGGCGCUGCUGGAGAUCGCCACGUCGAGGUGGGAUGACGGCCCGUGGGCGACCGUCGCGACCCCGUGCGCGUCGGGCUGCGUCCAGAGCUACGGCGGCGGGAUGCUCGCGAUGGUCGCCGGGACGCUCGUGGCCCUCACCGCGGCGCCCCUCCGGGGACGCAUGAGGUGGCUCGGCGUAUGCCUGCCAGACCCCUAUCUCUUCCUCCUAUUCAUGCUCUGCGUCCUCGGCUUCGUCUUCAUCACGGCAGUCAAGGCGUGGUGGAACGGGCUUUUGAACGCUUAAAUUCGCAACGUGGGAGUCCUGGCCCGUACCGUCUAAUUCGUAUUCG